GUCCAUAACUCAAUAAUUAUCAUUGGUUGUGGGAUGUCCAUUUGUCACACACACUCACUCACUCAUAAGUGAUCACUCAUUGUUGGUGGUGGUUGGCCUUUGUUGUCAUGCAAAGCUCGAAGUUUAUCACUUCCUCACUUGCUAAACCAACGUUAGCAGCUGUCAUUGAAGAAGAAGACUCACUUAUUCCAAGGUCUCCUUUUUCUGACUCUGUCUCAAGAACUAGCUCUAACAAGGAUGAGUCCAUUAUUUUUGCAACAAGUCAAGAGAAUAGAAAGAGUUGGUUGGAAGAAACGUCUCAAAGGCAUAAGGAAAUUAACAUUCACUUAUUGCUGAAUAUAGUGCGACAGUUGUCCCAGUUACAACAUAGUGUACAAGCAAGUAGAGGAAAACGAAUGCGGCGUGAUAUAUUGCAACGUUAUCUUGGGUUGAUAACCUUGUGGAAUAUGCAAGAGAAACAACUGAUAGGGGUUAUACAGUUGUUUCGAAAAGUCUUUUUAUGGAACAGCAUUGUAUUGGAGGGAUGGGUCGUGUAUGCGCUAUUUAUGGUUUUGAAAAGUUACUUGCAUACAACACCAUUUGCUAAACCAACGCUUGGGUCGGUCAUCAUUACUAUUUUCUGUUGGUCGAUAAUGCAUUGGAUGUUGAGUCAUCGUACGAAUUGGCUGUGUCCUUGGGAAAGUAUUAUUGUAGAAUUAGGGAGAAAGCAUUGUUUUCACCCAAUGUCAAGUAAGGAAUGAACUUUUUCCGUUUUCUGGUGUAUAUAUGGUUUCUUUUCAUGCGAUAUGGGCCCAUAACCAAUUGUGUUUGAAAUAAAUGAUGAAAUUGUGCUUUUGACUGGAAGAUUACUCACAGAUAGUAAUAUAUCAAGAAAGAAAGACACUUGUCCAUGG